ACGUGGAAAGAGUUCGAGAAGCUAUGGUUCACCCGGUUCAUGGUCCGCAACGUCAUGAAGGCGGCCAUGAACGAGGUGUACACCUGCUCUCAAGGAAAUAUGCCAACUCGAGACUGGACAACCAAGUGGCAGAAGAUAGUGACCACGCCAGGAUUCGAUUUGAGUUUUCCAAAUCAACGAUCCGAGUUCUUCUCGCGAUCGUGCGCGGGACUGCGGUCGGCACUCGGCAACGAGUACGACUAUGACACGUUCCAGGCCAUUCUGGAUCAUGCGAACUUAGUCAUCCAAACGGAUGACAAGGCCGCAAACGAACGGCAGUCCCAGCCGCAUUAUGUGGCUAAGCAGGGCUAUCAACGUCCGGCACAUAACAAUGCCGUGAUUUCUGAAGAAACAGACGAUCUCCACGCUGCAGCAGCAUCCUCGAGUGAUGGAGGAAUUGUAGCAGCGCUCCCGCCGAAGCGUCCCAAGAGAGUUCGGAAGAACAAGGCGACACAAGAGACARCAUCGACGGGMACWGGGCAGCAGCCAUGGACGGCUUACAAGAUAACCAAGGAUGUCUAUGACCUUCSUCAAAAGUACGGAUACUGCAUCUGGUGCAACGGCGUCACUCAUGUGACCGCACAAUGCCCCGAAAAGGGCAAGGCACGCGUACCCCGUCUUGGCCCGCGCGUUCGAAGGAAGACGCAACCUACGCAAGUUACACUCGCGGACGGCCGCACGCAAAAGUCAAUUGACCGAUGCGUUGACGGCGUUCCGGUCUACUUUGCGCCACUUGCGUGCGAGCCGGUGUCUUUUGACAUCCUCGACACCAAGUUCGACAUGAUUCUAGGCAUGUCUUGGUUGCGUAGUGCCGAUCAUCCGGUGAACUUCCAUAACCGAACCGUUCACAUCCGUGAUCGGAACGGAGUGUUAGUCCCAUGUACGGUCGCGACCCCUCACACUUCGAUUGCUUGUCACGUGGUUUCCGUUGYGCGAAUUCGCGACGCCAUUGCUCGGAAUGACGUCGAGGAGAUGGGCCUUGUAUUCUUGCAUGCUCUCCCCUCGCCGGACGGACCAGCCGCGUCACCGCCGGACCCACGCAUUUCUCACCUCUUGGACGAGUAUAGAGACGUCUUCGAGGCUCCCACCGGAACGGUUCCGCAUCGGCCCAUACGUCACGAGAUCACUCUCGAGGCUGGCGCCGUCCCUCCGCGUGGAUGUAUCUACCACAUGUGCGAAGAGGAACUCGACGUGCUUCGCGCAUAACUCGAUGAUCUUCUCGAUAAGGGCUGGAUUCGCCCUAGUCGCUCGCCAUACGGUGCACCUGUUCUCUUCGUCCGGAAGAAGAACAAAGAGCUACGGUUAUG